CUCUGCCCUAUCUCGGCCCCCAUCUCUGCCCCUACUGUUUCCGGUGCUGUCACGGGACAGAGAAGUCGGUGACAGCCCCGAGGACUCCCGCCCCGCUCCCAUGGCCGAGCCAGACGCCUCUGACCCUCUGGAGACCCAGGCAGGGAAGGUGCAGGAGGCUCAGGACUCGGAUUCAGACACUGAGGAAGGAGCAGCUGGUGGAGAAGCAGAGAUGGACUUCCUGCGGAAUUUCUUCUCCCAGACGCUGGGCCUGGGCACCCAGAAGGAGCGUCUGCUGGACAGCCUAACCCUGGAAGGGGUGGCCCGCUACAUGCUCAGUGAGCGCUGUCGCAGAGUCAUCUGUUUGGUGGGAGCUGGAAUCUCCACGUCCGCGGGCAUCCCCGACUUCCGCUCCCCAUCCACGGGCCUCUAUGCCAACCUGCAGAAGUACCAUCUUCCCUACCCGGAGGCCAUCUUUGAGAUUGGCUACUUCAAGAAACAUCCAGAGCCCUUCUUUGCUCUCGCCAAGGAGCUGUAUCCUGGGCAAUUCAAGCCAACCUUGUGUCACUACUUCAUCCGCCUGUUGAAGGAGAAAGGGCUGCUCCUGCGCUGCUACACUCAGAACAUAGACACCCUGGAGCGCGUGGCAGGCCUGGAGCCCGAGGACCUAGUGGAGGCCCACGGCACCUUCCACACAUCGCACUGCGUCGGCCCCCUCUGCAGGCAGGAGUACACGCUCAGCUGGAUGAAAGAGAAGAUCUUCUCCGAGGUGACUCCCAAGUGUGAGAAGUGUCAGAGCGUGGUGAAGCCCGACAUCGUGUUCUUUGGCGAGAACCUCCCCGCACGUUUCUUCUCCUGCAUUCAGUCGGACUUCCUGAAGGUCGACCUGCUCAUCAUCAUGGGCACCUCCCUGCAGGUGCAGCCCUUUGCAUCCCUCAUCGGCAAGGCACCACUCUCUACCCCACGCCUGCUCAUCAACAAGGAAAAAACUGGCCAGACUGACCCCUUCCUGGGAAUGAUGAUGGGCCUCGGAGGAGGCAUGGACUUCGACUCCAAGAAGGCCUACAGGGAUGUGGCCUGGCUGGGUGACUGUGACCAGGGCUGCCUGGCUCUUGCUGAUCUCCUUGGAUGGAAGAAGGAGCUGGAGGACCUUGUCCGGAAGGAGCAUGCCAGCAUAGAUGCUCAGUCAGAGUCGGGGAGCCCCAACCCCACCACUUCAGCUUCCCCCAGGAAGUCAGCACCUCCUACCAAGGAGGAGGCCAGGACCACGGAGGGGGAGAAACCCCAGUGACAGCUAUGUCUCCCAGGCAGGACACCCAGGUCACUUGGGACAGUUGAGCCCCAACCAGCCAUGGCCCUCCCUAACUUGCAGCUCUUGUCUGGGGAGCUCAGAGCAUUCUCUCAACCUCAUAACCACUCUUUCCCAAAACUGGGGUCCCAGCCCCCUGACCCCAGCAAAUCUCUAACAUCUCCUGGGGACUGAGGCAUAGGCAGCCCUGUCUAACAGCCCAGAGCCUCUAACCACCCCCAGGGGCAAAGAUCGACCUUCCCUAAUCUCUAACAGCUCCCAGGGAGCCAGGGGGCCUCCAAACUUCUAACUGUCCCAGGACAGGGCCCCAGGGCCCCCAUACUACUGCUCCCAGGGGCCUGUGGCCAAGUAGUCAAAAACUAAGCUACCCUGGCGGGAUGGGGGGCCUCCAAACAUAACUCAUCCAAUGGGGGUGAGGGUUGGGCCUCCCACUUCUCUGCCUCCAACUCCCAGAGUGGGUACUGGGCCACCUUCACUCAGGACCCACUUCCAUGUGUGGGUGGGCAGAUGAUAUUGCUUAUUGGAGACAAAUUAAAAACAAAAACUAACAAUCA